UAUCAAAAUAAAAAACCUUAAAUUCUGUGGUAUUUAAAACUAAUAAUUAGAAUGACUGACGAUAAAAUUACCACUGAAAUGGUUGAAGAAGAGAAUUUAGACUUAGUUAAAAACCAAAUAAAGUAUUUAUUAAAAUUGCAUCCAAAGGGGUUAAAAUUUCAUGAUUUUGUCGAGGAAUAUGAAGAAAAAUAUGGCAAAACUUUGGACCCUACGAUGUUUAAGUGCAAUAAUUUGUUAAAUUUGUUUAAUAGUUUAAGCGAUAUAAUAACAAUAAGAUCUGAAAGUGUUAAGUUAAAAAAACAUGUUUUCAAUGAUAUAAAGGAAAAAAUAGUGUUCGAUAACCAUGACCAAUUUAAACCGCAUUUGUAUGAGAGUAUUAAAGAAGGUGACUACUAUGAGUGCAAAAUAGAGUAUGUAUACGAUUUAAGCAAGUUUUGGGUGGUCAUAAAAAACAAAGAGUUAGGUUACUUUCAAGAACAUUGGCGGUUAUUUUACGAUGAUCCAAGAAAUCUUAGUAGAAUUCCUGCCAGUCAAAUUGAGGCUGGGAAAGCGUGUCUGGUAAAAACAAACAAUUUUUUUUACCGGUGUGUGGUACAAGAAAACAUGUUGAUGAGUAGUAAUAAAAUAAGAGUUUUUUAUGUUGAUUAUGGAAUAAUUAUGACAAUAUCGAUUGAGGAUGUUUAUUAUAUACAUGAACACGUUUGCAGUGUGCCUAGGUUCGCCCUGAGGGCUAUGUUGGCGAAUAUUUGCCCUUAUAGUACUGGUCAAAUGUGGACCAUAGACGAUUUAGGCUAUUUUUGGAAUUUGAUAGGAAAAAAGAGCUUAUUUGCAAAAAUUUGCCUUAUUGAUAGGGAAAAUAGCAUAUUACAUGUUGCAAUAAGAGAAUUGUGUCACCAUCAUUGCGACUACGUAAAUGACAUUCUUAUAAAAGAUAAGGUAGCAAAAAUUAUAGGCAAGGAGGACGAAAACAUUAAAAAUCGUAUUCGGUUUGGAAAAUACAAGGCAAAAGUUAAAUAUUUAUACAUGUACCCUUCAUUUGAAUUAAUAGAAAAAGGUGUGGUUCCAAAAAGUCUUAAUGAGUUUAGUUUGUUGAAAAAAGAAGUGCCUUUGGAUAUAAUAUAUCCCAAUUACUUUGAAUUUGUUGAUUAGAUGUUAAAAUGUUCUUUAUACUUAAAAUAUAU